CAGCAGGGAGACAGCAAUCUCCAUUGCUUUGUUUUAGAGUAAAGUCCACAUAAUAGUCAAAGUAAAUCUCCACGUUACCGUCAGCAGCUCCCUACAACACAAACUAUUAAAGUAAUGAAAACAUCAAAUUUUGCAUCAAAGCAUUAGAACGCCACAGAUCUAAAUCUUACUUUACCACACACUUACCAAUCCUGUCCAACAGAACACUAAAACCAUUCGUAACAGCAACAUUCUCAGUCAACCAAUCAACUAAAGCAUCCGCCCCUUAAAUCUGCAUUUUGCAUGGUUUACCGUGGGAGUUAUUUGUCUACAUUUCCAUACUCAAUCUACAAACAAUAUAAAACCUUUAAUGUCAUCUUAUACCAAUCACUCUUUCUACUGGUAAGCACUACAGUCAUAGACUACCAUUGCGCUUUAGUAGAUGUCUUUAAUUAAUUAAACAGAAAACUUAAUAUCAAUCAAUAAUUUAAUAAUUAAGUACAGUGUGUUUACCUUCUUCAACAGAUAGAGAUAUAUAGCUAAAAGUGAAUGAUAGGAACGUGCCCACCAGCGACAGAAAUCUAAAUUAUAAUAUGCAUGUCACGUGCACAUACACGCGUCAGUGCCCGCGAUAGCAGCAACAGCAGCAAUUAAAAGAAACAACAGCCACGACAGUACUUAUAUACAUAUACAACUGAGAUAACAAAUACGACGACUAAAAUCAACCGAACACCAAAUAAUGAGUUGAUAUCCGGGCUUCAACACUAGAAUCGGGUAAUGAUAACAUACGGGCAUUACAAUUAAAAUGGUUUCCCGGCUUUUACGUCCUUCGGCUGUCGUUCUUGCCACCUUUACGGCCGCUAAAACAGACGAUGUUAACUCAAAAUCUUCUAGAAAAAUUUCAGAGUUGCCGAUUUACUCUACAGAAGAGGUCAAGUACUUAGAAUAUAAGGCGCCUGAAAGAACAGAACUGGAGGAAUACAUUGCGCGAGUGAGAAGGAAAGUAUGGACGUUUGGAGAAAACGUGGAGGAACGUUUCGUAUCAAUGAAGAAGCGUUAUAUGAUGGUGAAAGACAAAGUCAUCGAAUUAUCACUCAGACGGCCGACACCGAAGAGAACAUCAUACCAAAAGUGACCGCAGUGUCGCUCAUCGGCGUCAUCAGCUUUACAGCAGCCGGCAGU